AUGGCCAAAGAGGGAGAUGAUAAUGACUCAGCUACUACUUCAUCAACUAAAAAAUCGACAGGAUCAACCACCACCACCAAAUCGCUGACUGACAAUGAGAUUAUCGCCAACUGCAUUCUCUUCUUUGUGGCCGGCUUUGAGACGACAGCCAGCACCCUCAGCCACGCCCUCUUUGAGCUGGCUCGCCACCCUGAGGCUCAAGCUCGCCUAGCUGAAGAGCUGAAAAGUGCCAUUCAAGAAAAAGAAGUCAACUCUGAGCACUUUAUCAACAGCGUUCUCAGCGACAAGGAGACACCGUACCUGGAAGCGGUUAUCAAGGAAACGUUGAGACUGUAUCCGCCCGUUCCGAGGCUAAACCGACGAGUAGCAGUGGAUGGCUACCGCCUGGGAGGCGUGGAACUGAAGAAGGACAUGGGCGUGGAAAUUCCCGCUUACGCAGUGCACCGCCACCCCGACUACUACGGCCCCGAGCCGGAACGCUUUAAUCCAGAUCGGUGUCGGCAUGCGAUUCGCCUACCAGGAGAUGAAACUGUGUCUGGGGGCGCUGGUGGGCCGGUUCCGAUUUGCACCGGCGCCCGAGACGCCCGCCGAGUUGACCUUCAGCAAGAUUGGCCUGCUGGCGGUGAAGAGCUUUCCGCUGGCCGUCAGCCGCCGCCGAAAAGCAGCCUAACUAACUAG